AUGAUUAUUGGUAGUCUUGCGGGAAUUAUUUCAACAUUAGGUUAUAAAUAUUUACUUGAAUUAUUAAAAAAAAUUCGUAUUCAUGAUACAUGUGGUGUUCAUAAUUUACAUGGAAUGCCUGGAGUUUUCUCUGGUUUAGCUGGAAUUGUUGUUGCCAGUAUGCCUUUGAGAUCAUAUUAUCGUGAAAAUUUAUCAUAUAAAUGUUUAUCAGGAGGUGAAGAUAGAUCAGCUGCUGUUCAAGCUGGUUAUCAAUGUGCUGGUCUUUUAUUAACAUUAGGUAUGGCCAUUGUUGGAGGUGUUUUCACUGGACUUAUUCUUCGUUUACCUAUUUUUGCUUCACCAGAUAAUAAUUCUUAUUUUGAUGAUAGUCUUAAUUGGCAUGUUCCACAAGAUUUUGUUGCUGAAGAUUCAGCAUUAGGUUCUUUAAUUAAAAAUAUUUUACCAACUAACAUGCAACUUGAAGAAAAUCCUAAACAAGCUACACCAAUUAUAGUAAAAUAUAAUCCAAAUACAAUUGAAUUUAUUCAAGAAAAAUCACCUAGACAAUCAACUCAAACAGUAUCUCAACAAUCAAAUCAAUCGGUAUUCUUAAAUGUAGCCGAUUUAAAAAAUGAUCAAUCCAAUCCAACAUCACCUGUUUUAUUUACUCAACGAUUGUAA